AUGGUUGCCACAUCUGGUAUUUGUAGUCAUGCCGUUAAAUCUCAAAGCUUGGUUGUAACUUGGUACUUUUCUAUUGAAGUCAAUGGUGCCUGGAGUCUUUGGGGUGAAUGGGGAGACUGUUCUGUUACUUGUGAAGAUGGUAUAAGAACAAGAACCAGACAAUGCAACCACCCCCCAGCAUUGCAUGGUGGUCGACCCUGCAAAGGGGAAGACCAACAAACCAAACCCUGUACCUUAUCACAGUGUCCAAUUGAUGGUAAUUGGAAGCCUUGGCAGGAAUGGCAACAGUGUAACGUCACCUGUGGAGGAGGCACACAGAUUCGUGAGCGCGAAUGCCAGUUACCCAAAUAUGGGGGUGCGACGUGUAUGGGUAGUUCAGUUGAACCCCGCGAAUGCAACACUCACAACUGUCCAAGUAUGGAGAUGGUCUUCAUUUUAAAGGAUUUUUAUAUAUUAACAAUAUUAAUACACGCUUGGUAA